CGGUCUCAUAUAUUUUCUUUCUCGGCGACUCUUAAAAACCCUUCCAGGAGAGAGAGAGCUUCGUCGCCGCCGGUUUCCUCCGUUGUUGAGAAGAGUAGAGAGAGAUCAGCCAUGAAGUACAACCCGAGGGUCUCGAGCUCCAGGCGCAAGUGCCGAAAGGCACACUUCACCGCACCAUCUAGCGUUCGUCGGGUGAUGAUGAGUGCCCCUCUCUCCUCCGAUCUGAGGAACAAGUACAACGUGAGGUCCGUCCCUGUGCGGAAGGACGACGAGGUGCAGGUGGUUAGGGGAACCUACAAGGGCAGAGAAGGUAAGGUGGUUCAGGUGUACCGUCGCAAAUGGGUCAUCCAUGUAGAGCGUAUCACCAGGGAGAAGGUUAAUGGAUCCACCGUCAAUGUUGGUAUCAACCCUUCGAAAGUCAUCGUCACGAAGCUCAAGCUUGACAAGGAUCGCAAAGCCCUCCUCGAUCGUAAGGCCAAGGGUCGCGCAGCAGACAAGGCAAAGGGCAAGUUCACCGCCGAGGAUGUCGCCGCCGCCGCACCCUCUCUUCAAGAAAUCGAUUAGAUACGGCUGCCCUUUCUUGGUUGGACCAGCAUGACCGGCUUUGGAAGCCAAGAGCCAAGAAG